GCUAGCAGCACAGCGCAGAGACUGGAGCCCCGGAGCCCGGCUAAGUGUCAGUGUCAACCUGUGCCCGCCAUCCCGGCUCCGCAGCCCUCCUGCCACAGCCGCCGAGCCGCUGUCUAGAGCCUCAGCCUCGCCACCAUGAGAGUCCUGCUGGCUUGCCUGCUCCUCUGUGUCCUGGUCGUGAGCGACUCUGAAGGCAGCCAUAAACUUCAUGGAGCGUCCAGUGCAUCAAACUGUGGCUGUCUGAAUGGAGGAACAUGUGUGUCCUACAAGUUCUUCUCCAACAUUCAGCGGUGCAACUGCCCAAAGAAAUUCCAAGGGGAACACUGUGAAAUAGAUACAUCAAAAACCUGUUAUGAGGGGAAUGGUCGCUCUUACCGAGGGAAGGCCAAAACUGACAUCAGGGGCCGGCCCUGCCUGGAGUGGAACUCUCCCGCAGUCCUUAUGAAAACAUAUCAUGCCCACAGACCUGAUGCCCUUCAGCUGGGCCUGGGGAAACACAAUUACUGCAGGAACCCAGACAACCAGAGAAGGCCCUGGUGCUAUGUGCAGGUUGGCCUAAACCAGCUUGUCCAAGAGUGCAUGGUGCAGGACUGCUCUUUUGGAAAAAGUACCCCCUCUCCUCCGGAAAAAGCAGAAUUUCAAUGUGGUCAGAAGGCUCUGAGGCCCCGCUUUAAGAUUGUUGGGGGAGAAUUCACCACCAUCGAGAACCAGCCCUGGUUUGCGGCCAUCUAUAAGAGGCACCGCGGAGGCUCUGUCACUUACUUGUGCGGCGGCAGCCUCAUCAGUCCUUGCUGGGUGGUCAGCGCCACACACUGCUUCAUUAAUCACCCAAAGAAAGAGGACUACACUGUCUACCUGGGUCGGUCAAGUCUUAACUCCGAGACGCCUGGGGAGAUGAAGUUUGAGGUGGAAAAGCUCAUCUUGCAUGAGGGCUAUAGUGCUGACACACUUGCUCACCACAAUGAUAUCGCCUUGCUGAAGAUCAGUUCCAGCUCGGGCCAGUGUGCACAGCCAUCCCGGUCCAUACAGACCAUCUGCCUGCCCCCACCAUAUGGCGAUGACCAUUUUGGCACAAACUGUGAGAUCACUGGCUUUGGAAAAGAGACUUCCACUGGCUAUCUCUAUCCAGAACAGCUGAAAAUGACUGUUGUGAAGCUGGUUUCCCACCAGGAGUGUCAGCAGCCCCACUACUACGGCUCUGAAGUCACCACCAAAAUGCUGUGUGCUGCUGACCCUCAUUGGGAAACAGAUUCCUGCCAGGGAGACUCAGGGGGCCCGCUGGUAUGCCCCAUCCAAGGCCGCCUGACUCUGACUGGGAUCGUGAGCUGGGGCCGUGGAUGUGCCAUGAAGGACAAGCCAGGCGUCUACACGAGGAUCUCACGCUUCCUGCCCUGGAUCCGCACUCACACCGAGGAAGAGAAUGACCUAGCCCUCUGAGGGCCCCCAGGGAGCCAAGGGAGGAGAGGGGCACCACCCUCCCACAUUGACCAUGAUUUUUGCAGUAGAGCCACCUGUACCAGCUAUAUAUAAGGAAGAGACUGAGGAACAUAGGCUCUGCAGAGAUGGUUUUACUUGUGCUGCCCACCAGGGUGAGCGAAAAUAGCUUUACCCUCAGAUACAGGCCUGGGUGCUGGGCGCCCAGAUACCUCCUGGCCAGGAUGGAGGGGUGGUCCUGACCCAGGAUGGUAUUGACCAGUAGUUUGUCUUUUUCUGGACUGAAGCCUCCUGGAGUUAACAAUGGCAUCUCCUGUGCAUGGGUGGAAGGAGAGCCAGCUCCCCCAGCAGUGGGCAUUCGUGAGGCCCAUUGUUGGGAAAUGAAUAAUUUCCCCAUUACGAAGUGUAACAGAACUGAGGUCUCUUCAGGGAGCUUGGCCAGUGUGGGAACAGUGGUUUAGGGAUUAGAGACACUAAUGACUUGAAAGAAGGGCUCUGGCAUUCCAUGAAUGUAUCAGGUAAUAUUAUAUGUGUGUGUGUAUAUUUGCACAUGUGUGCAUGCACUGUGAGUCUCAAUGUGAGCUGGUGUGUUCCUGUGUCUGACUGCAAGUCUAGAUAUUUCCCUAAACUGUAUGGACUGUGAUGCCACGUAGAACAGUCUGUCUGGAGAGGUCAUGGGUCACUCCUGGGGCCUCUUGGGUCUCCCACCUGACAAUGCCUAUGGAUGUAUCAUUCUGGGGCAUGGCCCGGGACCCGCACUAGGUGUCUCAGUCUCACUUUCACACUGAUGUCCCUUUCUUGGCCAGUUAUCUCUUCUGACCUUCUAGCCGAGUUCAUCCAAUCCUCACUGAGUGGGGUGAGGACCACUCCUGUACACUGACUAUUUAAUAAUUAUAUUCUGUUAUUUUUAUUUAUAUCUAUUUUUAUAAUUUUGAAUAAAGAUGAUCAAUAAAAUGUGAUUUUUCUGAA